CAGCAGCUGCUGCUGCUGCAAUGGCGCAUCCAUCAGGAGGAGUAGCAGAAGCGGUUCACGACGUGGGGUUAGACGUUACCCCUACUGCUGCUACCCCACAACAGCACCUGCAGCAGCAGCAGCAGUCACACGCGACAACAACUGCUGCCGCGGUUUCAUCGGAUGGGCCUUCCCUGGCCGCUUCUUCCUCCGUGGGGGCUGCUACUGCGCCGUUAUCGACAGCGGUGGCCGCUGCUGUUACCCUCCAGCAACAGCAGCAGCCGCCGCCGCCGUCCCUCCCGCCACCGCCGGCGGCACUGCCGCCGGUCCCAAUGGACAGCUCCAACAACAACGACAGCGCUGCUGCCGCAGCACUGGCAUCGUCGACAUCGCCCGCCGGGGACCCUCAGCACCUCUAUUCUCCCUCCGGAAGGAAGCGCAAGCAGCGGACGUCGGGUGUGUGGAAGUACUUCGAGCAGUUCCCGCCCGUGGCACCGAAAGGCCGGAACGUGCGCUGCACCGUGCUGGUGGAGGUUCCAGCCGACCUUGCUUUGGGGUUGCCGCAACGUACCGUCAGGUGCGGGGCAACGUACACACAUGUAGAGUCGAGACCGGGUAACGGGGGGUCGGGCACGUCGGGCAUGCUGCACCACCUCUUCAAGAAGCACCCGCUCAUCCACGCCGAGAUCAUCAGGGCCAACUCGUCCUCCAAGAUGCGGAAGGCAGAAGGUGCGGUAGUCAAACAGUCCGCCGCGAGCAGCAGCGGCAGCGGCAGCGGCAGCGGAGGCGGCAGCAAAGAACCGCCACAACCUCAUCACCCCUCGUCGUUGCGCUCGGCAUUGGCUCAGCUGAGGGCUUGCUCGCUCGCCGGCGGCGGCGGCGGCGGCGGCAGCGCGCUCCCUUCGCCGCCCAUGUCCGCGGAGGACUGCCUGCCACACGACCGGCGGUUCGUGCUCAUGUGCGCGCUCCAGACGCUGGACCCGGGCUCCCUGUGCUCGAACCUCGGGCACAGGCUGUUCGUUGACGGGCUGGCCCCCGGCUACGGGGCCGGCCGCCGUCUGGCCCGCCGCCGCAACGGCCUCGCUCCAAGCGGAAGCAGCUACGCCGCCUCCACUGCUGUCACCGAGGGAGCAAACGGCGCAGGCGGCACAGCCAACGCCAUCCUGCAGGACCUGUGCACGGGCGUGAGACGAGAGGUGGCGUCGGCGCUGAGGGCCCACAGCGCUUCGUGCCGGCUGUUGGGGUGGUCUGGGCCGUUCGUUGGCCUGCAGGUGGACUCGACGGGCGUGCCGGGGGGAGAGGGCGGCGGCGGCGGCGGCGGCAGCGGGGAAGAGGUUUGCACGGCGUCCGUUUCCUUCGUGUCGGAGGACUUCGGGGGCCUUGUGAGUCUCGCGAUCGGGGCGAGGUGCUUCCGAGGGAAGCAGACGUUGCACGCCAAGGAGGCGUGGAUUCGAGAGCUGACGGCGGACCUCUUCACGAGCAUCUGCCACAAGUCCGAACCGAAAGACAUCUACCUCGCCGCUACCGUCGGGGGUUGCUCCGGCGGCGGCAGCAGCAUCUUCGGGCGUGCCUUCCAGGACAUGGGUGUCCCCGUCCUCGUAUGCUCGAGCUACCGGCUACACUCGGCCGUGUCCUGCUCUCUGGGCUGCGCCACCGCCGCGGGCGGCAGCGAAGACAAGCGCGCGAACGCCAAGAUGAGGGACGUCGUGCGGCGGGCGGUGUCGAUGGUGGAGGUCUUCGAGCACUGGCGGCCCGAGGGAGGCGUUUUCGCGGCGGCCACCGCCGCUGCCGCUGGUUCGGCUUACGGUUCAGCAACCACGCUUGAGACCGUGCGUGUGGAGGUGGAGGAGCUGGCCGCUGCGCUGGCACGGGCUCGAGGGAGCAACACAAGGCGAAACGGGUGGACAGAUUUUCACGCGCUGUUCGAGCGUCUCCUUCAGCUGGCGGGCCCGCUGAAUGCCCACUUCCGGCAGGCACCCACCGACCGCUCCCUUCAGCCCUCGGAGUGGCAGGCCAUCCGUGAGGCUACCAGCAUCUUGGAACCCGCCCUUGAGGUGCUCGCAAAGGUCCACGCGAGGGACGAGUUGGAGGGGGAGGUGGAGGGGGAGGAGGAACGCCGAGCAGCGGAAGGAGUCGGCACGUCAGCGGCGGCGGCGGCCUGCAACGGCGGCGACAGAGGGGCGACCGGGGCGGCGUCCAGGGACAAGAAGACGAAACCGAGAGGGGUUUUUCUGGCGGAGUCCAUCGAGCUUCACGCCAACCUUCACUGCUCGUUCAUCUACCCCUUGCAGGAUAUCAGAGGAGAUACGUUGGCGACGGUGGCAACGGGGGAAGGAGUGGCGGCAGCACCCGCGAUGAUUGCCGCCGGCGCCGGCGCCGCGCCGUUCUGCUCCAAGCGGGUAGCAGAGCUGACGCCAGAGGCUCAGGCCCUGCUCGAGGCGGUCGCCCAGGGCAUGGAGGAGAGUGGCCUCGGGCGAGCCCGCGAGGACAUUGAGGCGGUGUCGAUGCUCCUGGACCCGCGGUUCAAACAGUGCUGCGCGAGCACGUGCGUCGAUGGGGGCAGCGCGCUCAAGCUCCGCGCCCUCAAGGCGGUCUCGUCCCAGCUGAGGAAGUUCAGGGACCCGGCGAGCGAGGCGGGCGGGGGGCAGGGAGGAGCAGGGGAUGGCGGCGGCAGUGCAGCCGCCGCUCGGCAAGAGCCCGGCGCGGCGGCGGCGGCGGCGGCGGCGGCGGCGGCGGCGGCGGGGGCAGCGGUUAGCAGGCUGGACAAGAUGAGGCAGGCGCAGAAGAUGGAGGCAGCGGCGGCCGGAGCGGCGGGGGCGGCGGGGAGACCGGCGUCGUCGCCGGGGGAAAACGGAGCCCGCGGAGCCGGCGGCGGGGGCGGCGGCGGCGGGGCCCCCGGCGAGGUGGAUGACCGGCUGUCCGAGGACGCCCGCGCCGAGCUGGAGGAGUACCUGCUGGAGCCCGCCUCGAAGCGGCACGAACUCUUGUCGUACUGGAAGCUCCACGGGACGGACACCUUCGACUCCGGUACCGGCGAGGUUGUGCUGGCCGCCCGGUGGCCGCACCUGGCCCUGGUCGCCAGGCUGUACGCCGGGAUCGAUUCGACUAGCCGGCAGGGGGACAGGCACUUCGGCGGAGGGAGCGGGGGCGGUGCCGAGCUCGGCGCUGCCGUGAGGUCGCUGCAGCGGGGCGGCAUGCCGCCGUGGAGGAUCGAGCAGAUGCUUCUCAUCCGGCUUAACCGGCACCUCGUGCCGGAGGUUGUCGAUUUCCUUCGUGGUGGUGGUUAAACUCAAAGGUGACAGCUUUUUGCCGUGUAAGACCCGUGUUUGUAAUCGACGAACACAUGUAUUGACAUGUAUGUGUGCUCUACGGAGCACAGAGGCCGGCCGGCAAAAGAUGUAUGCGUGCGGGCUUACUUUAGCGAUCCCUCUCGAAGUGUAUCGAGUUACGUUCUGAAAUUCUUCAAACGUAGUAUAGAAUUGGUGUUGUUUUUGAGCAUGGUAGGCGUUUCGUCGAAGGUUGGUCUAUUCCGCGACGAGUAGGUUUUGCGUUUCCUGACUGCAAGCGACCUUGGUGUCUUGGUUGGCACGAUGCGGUCGUGCGCUGGCUUCUACGUCGGUGCUCAUGCGGAGCGCGGGUUAUGCGCCCAUUUUGCUGCUGUGCUGUGGAUAUCUCGAGAAUACUGCUUGCAAGAGUCUCAUGUCUAGACUAUAUAGAUUGCCGUGGGCCGCGGCUGCUGCUUUAUAGAGCAGUCUUUUUUUAACCGCAGGAGUAACCCCAAUCUGCAAUUGGGGGGGUUGUCGAAGCAGCAAUGCUUGUAAGAGGUUGCGUCUAUGGUGAGAGAAGAGCGCGUGGGAUGCAGACGAGAAUAUCUCGCGUGCAGCAGGCCUCUUGACAACCCGAGUUAUAAGAGAGUCAGGGCACUUUUCCGUCAAUCA